AUAUGUACUUAGAGAGCAUUUUGAUAAACAGAAAUCCGCGUGAGCUCCGAAGUUCAUGUUGUGAGAUGCCGCGAGCAGCGGAGCAGAGCGGAGUGUGCCCGGUGGUGGGAGUCGGCGGGCUGCGGGCACUGACCUCGCGUCACGGAGCUGAUGCUCCGUUCCCUGGAGAGCACUGCUCCGAAGUGCAGAAUCGAGUGGAAUUUAAAGCUGUGGUUGACUUGGAUUGUUCUUCAGCUGCUGGUUUCGAAACAGUGCUUUGUUGGUGUCUUUUUUGGUACUUCUUAAAUUUUUGCUGCAAUUGACUUAGGGAAGACUACGGAAGAAAGCCGAUGGCGUGCCAGGAGAACAAUGCCAUGCCAGGAACAGUCUGAGGAACCCCUGUCGUAAUGGAUUUACACCGUGCCCGUGUUACGUCAGGAGUUAGCGAGAGGCCAUCGUCAGCGUGUCUCCCCUUUCUGCAGCAUCCAUCCUUUCUUCUGUAGAAGGUGUUGGGUCUCUGUUGUGGUCGGAGUAUGCUGUUUGGAGAUGACAACCAAAAGGAAAAUUAUCGGCCGCUUGGUGCCCUGCCGGUGUUUUCGUGGUGAAGAAGAAAUCGUCUCAGUGUUAGAUUACUCUCACUGUGGACUACAGCAGGUGCCAAAGGAAGUUUUUAGCUUUGAACGGACGUUAGAGGAGCUUUACCUAGAUGCCAAUCAAAUUGAAGAGCUACCUAAGCAACUGUUCAACUGUCAAGCUUUACGCAAACUGAGUAUACCAGACAAUGACCUUUCAAGUCUGCCAACCACUAUUGCUAGCUUAGUUAAUCUCAAAGAACUUGAUAUCAGUAAAAAUGGAAUUCAAGAUUUUCCAGAGAAUAUUAAAUGUUGUAAGUGUUUAACAAUUAUUGAAGCCAGUGUCAAUCCGGUCUCUAAGCUGCCAGAUGGCUUCACGCAACUUCUAAAUUUGACCCAGCUCUAUCUAAAUGAUGCCUUUUUGGAGUUUCUUCCAGCUAACUUUGGAAGACUUGUCAAAUUGCGAAUUUUGGAGUUAAGAGAAAAUCACUUGAAAACUCUACCAAAGUCAAUGCACAAACUGACGCAACUGGAGAGACUUGAUCUGGGCAAUAAUGAAUUCUCUGAACUGCCUGAGGUUCUCGAACAAAUACAAAAUCUAAAGGAGCUGUGGAUGGACAAUAAUUCUUUGCAAAUACUACCUGGGUCUAUAGGGAAGUUAAAACAGCUCGUGUACCUGGAUGUGUCAAAAAACAGGAUAGAAACUGUUGAUUUGGACAUAUCAGGAUGCGAAGGACUUGAAGAUCUCCUGUUGUCAUCCAACAUGUUGCAGCAACUGCCAGACUCCAUAGGACUGUUGAAAAGGCUUACAACUUUAAAAGUAGAUGACAAUCAACUUACGAUCCUGCCAAAUGCAAUUGGAAAUUUAUCUUUAUUAGAAGAAUUUGACUGCAGCUGUAAUGAGUUGGAGUCCUUGCCUUCUACCAUCGGCUACCUUCAUAACCUGAGGACGCUGGCCGUGGAUGAGAAUUUCCUUCCUGAGCUCCCCAGAGAAAUUGGAAGCUGUAAAAAUGUAACAGUGAUGUCUCUGCGCUCUAACAAGCUCGAAUUUCUUCCUGAUGAAAUUGGUCAGAUGCAGAAGCUGAGAGUGUUAAAUCUGAGCGAUAACAGACUGAAGAAUUUACCAUUCACUUUUACUAAACUUAAAGAACUGGCAGCUUUGUGGCUUUCUGACAACCAGUCCAAGGCUCUCAUUCCGCUGCAGACGGAGGCUCACCCAGAAACAAAGCAGAGAGUCCUGACUAACUACAUGUUUCCCCAGCAACCCCGCAGUGAUGAAGAUUUCCAGUCAGACAGUGAUAGCUUUAACCCUACUUUAUGGGAGGAGCAGAGACAGCAGCGUAUGACUGUCGCCUUUGAAUUUGAAGAAAAAAAGGAAGAGGAGGAAAAUGCAGGGAAAGUUAAGGUUGAAAUAAAUCUAAAACGUUAUCCCACUCCAUACCCGGAGGAUUUAAAGAAUAUGGUAAAAUCAGUUCAAAAUCUGGUGGGCAAAACAAGCCAUGGAGUGCGGCCUGAGAACUCAACACCAACCGCCAACAGUGAACAAACUGUGAAAGACAAGUAUGAGCACAAGUGGCCCAUGGCACCAAAGGAGAUUUCAGUGGAGGAUGCCUUUGGACAUCCUGCCAGUGAGAUGAGGAUAGGGGAGCUUCGUCCCUCCAUGCCAGAGACUCCGUUGUACCCACCCAAACUUGUUCUUCUGGGUAAAGAGAAGAAAGAAUCGACAGAUGAGUCUGAAGCGGAUAAGAUCCAUUGUCUGAAUAACAGCGUUUCCUCAGGCACUUACUCAGACUAUUCCCCUUCCCAGGCUUCCUCAGGGUCCUCCAACGCGCAUGUAAAAAUGGGGUCCUUGCAGCCAACGGCUAAAGAAGCAGUGAAUAACUCUUUGUGGGGGAACAGGCUGGCACAGUCAUUUCCACAGCCCCUUGAAACAAAGCCAUUGCUGAGCCAGCGGGAAUCGGCUCCGGUGGGGAACCUGCCGCAGCGCACGGACCGGCGCCCGCUGAGCGACACCUUUGCCGACAGCUGGAACGACAGCUCGCACUACGAUAACACGGGGUUCGUUGCGGAGGAGAGCACGGUGGAGAACCCUAGUGCUAACCCCCUCCUGAGCACGAAAUCUAGAAGCACAUCUGCGCACGGGCGCAGGCCGUUGAUUAGGCAAGACAGGAUAGUUGGGAUUCCCCUGGAGCUGGAGCAGCCAACGCUCAGAAACACACAUGAAUCUGAAGUGCCUCCUCCCAAUCCUUGGCAAAAUUGGACCAGAACCCCUAGUCCUUUUGAAGACAGGACAGCUUUUCCUUCCAAACUGGAAAGCACCCCCACCACCAGCCCUUUGCCCGAGCGGAAAGAUCAUGUCAAAGAGUCUCCUGAAAUGACUGGCACUUUCACUCCAGGAAUAGCAUGGGAAUAUCACGAUUCAAAUGCUAACAGAAGCCUCACAAAUGUCUUUUCCCAUAUCCACUGUCGCCCAGAUCCUUCCAAAAGCGUUAUUUCGAUCAGCAAGAGUACGGAACGCCUUUCUCCGAUGAUGAGGGAUUUAAAAACUAACAAAUUUAAGAAGUCGCAAAGUAUCGAUGAGAUAGACAUUGGUACAUACAAAGUGUAUAAUAUACCCUUAGAAAACUAUGCAUCUGGUAACGAUACUGUAGGAACCCACGAGAGGGUGGACAAGCUGCUGGGCCCGGAGCACGGCAUGCUGAGCAUGUCCCGCAGCCAGUCGGUCCCCAUGCUGGACGACGAGCUGCUGACCUACGGCAGCGUCAAGGUGCAGCCACAGCAGAAGUCAUCCGUCACGAAGAAAGUCUACCAGUUCGACCAAAGCUUCAACCCGCAGGGAGCAGUGGAGGUCACCGCGGAGAAGAGGCUGCCGCCGCCUUUCCAGCUCAACCCCGAGUACAUUCCCCAGCAGAGUAAGAACCUGCCCCAGGAGCUGGUCAGCCCGAGGGCCUACCGCGGCUACCCGCCCGUGGAGCACAUGUUCUCCUUCUCCCAGCCGUCGGUGAACGAGGAGGCGGUCAGUGCCCCCUUUGUGAGCCAGGGCUCUCGGCCGGGGUUCUUGAGGAGAGCGGAUUCGUUGGCCAGCUCCACCGAGAUGUCCAUGUUCAGGAGAGUCAGUGAGCCCCACGAGCUGCCCCCCGGCGAUAGGUAUGGCAGGCCUCCGUACCGAGGAGCUGUGGAGCGCCAAAGCAGCAUCUCGGUCUCUGAGUCUCAGUUCCUCAAGAGGAACGGCAGGUAUGAAGACGAGCAUCCUUCCUACCAAGAAGUGAAAGCCCAGACUGGAAGCUUUCCAGUUAAAAACCUUACACAAAGGAGGCCGUUGUCUGCAAGAAGCUACAGUACAGAGAGUUACGGCACAUCCCAAACCAGGCCGGUUUCAGCGAGGCCUACAAUGGCAGCUCUGCUGGAAAAGAUACCGUCAGACUAUAACUUGGGUAACUAUGGCGACAAGCCUUCCGAUAACAGUGAUAUAAAGACAAGGCCUACCCCUGUGAAGGGAAAUGAGAGCUGUGCUAAAAUGCCCGCUGACUGGAGACAACAGCUACUUAGACAUAUAGAAGCUAGAAGGUUAGACAGGACCGCUGCUUACAAACACAACACAGUUAGCCUUGGCAUGCUGCACUCUGGAGGGUUUUCAGCAAUGCAUGCCGGCAGAAGCAUGACUUUAAACUUGCAGACUAAAUCUAAAUUUGAAAACCAAAUGCUUCAAGAGCUACCUCUACCGAAAACCCCGUCGCAGCAGAGCAGCAUCUUGGACAAUGGGCAGGAGGAGGUGUCCGUGAGCAGCCAGUGGAACCCCUACCCGCUGGGGCGGCGGGACGUGCCCCCCGACACCGUCACCAAGAAGGCAGGUAGCCAUAUCCAGACUCUAAUGGGAUCGCAAAGCCUGCAGCAUCGGAGCCGCGAGCAGCAGUACGAGGGGAACAUGAACAAAGUCACCAUUCAGCAGUUCCAGCCACCGCUGCCCAUUCAGAUUCCCUCUUCGCAGAGCUCUCGGGCACCGCAGACGGGGCGAUGCUUAAUCCAAACCAAGGGGCAGAGAAGUACGGAUGCGUAUCAGGAGCAGUUUUGUGUGAGAAUAGAGAAGAAUCCUGGCCUGGGUUUUAGUAUCAGUGGUGGAAUAAGUGGACAAGGAAAUCCAUUCAAACCUUCUGAUAAGGGUAUCUUUGUUACUAGGGUUCAGCCUGACGGACCAGCCUCCAGCCUGCUUCAGCCUGGCGAUAAGAUCCUCCAGGCAAACGGACACAGUUUUGUACAUAUGGAACACGAGAAAGCUGUAUUACUACUGAAGAGUUUCCAGAAUACAGUAGACCUAGUUAUUCAACGUGAGCUUACUGUCUAAAUAUUUUUUUAUAAAUAGUAAAUAUGUCUAGCCAGAUCUAAUGUUCAAACAGAUUUAUACAUAGGAAACAAAUUUUUUUGCCAAUUGCUGGACCAAUGGCAAACAGUAGUGCCAAAUGUAUAAUACUAUAUGUUAGUACCAAUCAUCUUGGAAAAAAAUAUAUUAACUAUAUAAAUAUAUUGUUCAUGUGGCUAUGUAUUAGUUUUAAUUGUCAGCCUCUGGCUGUGCAUUGGUGCGUUUUUUUAAUCAAGUUACUUCUUAAAGUCAAUUUCAUAUGAUUUCAAAACACAGAAGCACAUACAAAUUCUUUAGGAAUUCUGCUGUCCAUCAGAAACACUGCCUCAAAGUUGUAUAUGCCUUUAUAAAGAUGAAAUAUAUUAACCUGUACUUCCCAUGAAAUAUUUCUAUCAUGUCACAUACAAAAAUAUAGAGAAAAAAUAUUUUCAUAAACACCUCAAAGAAAGUAUAUAUUAAAUUAAAUUUAAUAAUGUUCAUUUAUUUUCAAUGCAAAGAUAUUAUAUGCCUUACGAAAAUACCUGUACAUAUGCAGUGUGUAUAGCUGGCUCCAUAUUAAUUAGUAAAACUGUCACUAUACAGGGUGAGAUACUUAAUAAAUUAUACUGUCAACUCUGGGACCUAGAUAUAACUAACCUACGUGAAAAUCGGUUAACUUCCGUUUCUUGGGCACUCGUAGUUGAUUCCACGUGCACACACUAAAUGGACGAGCAGUGAGUUUAGACAGCUAUAAAUGGAAGAAGGUUGUGAUGGGUGGCAGUAAAACUUCUGUGGUUGCUGCUAAUUUUAUUCGUUAACUUUUUAAUUUGAAAUUACAGGCCCUUUACUUACAUUCCCCGUUCCCCCAGGCUUACCUC